AUGACUGUCGCUCGCACCAUCAUCAUCUUCACUGUCACAGUGUCCCUCGUUACCUUCAUAGCCUUUUUCGGACGGCUGCCAGCUUUCAGAAACACACCCAUUGGCUUCCUCAACCGUCUCUUCCUCAUCCAUAUCCCCUCGACAUUUCGAAGAGUCGACCUCGCUCUCACAAAUGGCCGCAUCACCAACGGUGGCUCCCGCCUGGGCCACUAUCUUAUGUACGACAAGCAUCCACUCGUCGUCAUCUUCUUUCUCGGCCUGGUGACUGCAUGCGCCUUCAUGUUUCUGCCCGCUGUGUGGCAUCUCAUUGGACUGCACCACAAGCUCUUUGCCUUUGUCAUGCUGCCACAGCCAUACAUCUUUCUGUACCUAAGUGCAAAAAGAAACGACCAAACGUACAUCAACGCAGCCAACCAUGCUGAGCAAAUGCGGCACUAUCCGUAUGACAGGGUGCUAUACUACCCUGGAACUGAGUGUCGGACAUGCAAGUUCCUGAAGCCUGCACGGAGCAAGCAUUGCAGUAUAUGCAAAACGUGCGUCUCAAGAAUGGAUCAUCAUUGUAUAUGGGUGAACAACUGCCUAGGCCGGGGCAAUUAUAAGUGGUUCUUAGCCCUCUUGCUGUCGACGACUAUUCUUAUCGCCUACGGAGCAUACCUCGCCUACUAUGCCCUCUCUCCAAUGGUCCUAAAGCAAUACCUGAAGUACGAGAGCUGGUAUAGAUAUAAACCCAAGAUUGGCGUGGACUCCAAGAGUUGGAGUGCGUACUUUGACCGAAAGAUGCAUUACUUCCUCAUGUACACGAGCAUAUACCUGGACGCCGGUGGUAUUCGUGGGUCCGGUGUCGGCCUGCUCGCGCUGCUUACAUGGCCUCUUCCAUUGGGUCUCCUCACCUAUCACAUCUACCUCAUCUGGGCGGGCAUGACAACAAAUGAGAGCUCAAAAUGGGCAGAUUGGCGUGAUGAAAUGGCAGAGGGUGUCGUCUUUCUCGGUCACCGGCGCGAGGACACAAUGCAGGAAUACCGCAGCCCAACAGAUGACGAGGAACCGCCUACCACCUGGCCUCUAGAGAGCAGGCAUAUUCUCAUUCGAACACAAACCGGGCAACCGCCUAAAUCGCUACCUAGUCGCAUCAGAUCUGUUGCCAAAGAAGACAGCUUUGAGCGUGUAUGGAAUCUAGCUGCAGUGGAGAAUGUGUACGACUUGGGCUUCUGGGACAAUAUCGUAGAGGUACUAGUAAACUAG